UAAUAAAGGCCCUUAUCAGAAAAUCACAGCUUUCAAUUAUUGCGCGUUAUCUGUUCAAUACAGCACAUGUGGGAGAGUACUUAAUUAGAAAUACUUGUUUGUUAAUAAAUAAAGGCUCCAAGAAAUCAUUUCUUGAAAUGUUUCUAAACGUUUAAACUAUUUAAAGCCAAUGAGUUUGUGAGUACACAUUGAGUUAAAAUAUUUUAGUGAACAUGUGAAGAUUCAAUUAACGCAUGGAGUUCAAACUUCUCCUAUGUUCUCUCUUGAGUAUAAAAAUUAUUGAGGCCGCUCUCCUGAUGGCUGAUGUGUAUAACCUGGCCAGGGAGUGUAUAAAGCUCAAAGAAGUCAACGGAACUGAAGAUGAUGUGAAUGAUAUUCUAAUGGGAUACUUACCUGACUCAAAAUCUGGCAAGUGCAUGUUGAGGUGCAUGGAAUCUCGAGCUGGAAUCUUGGUGAACGACACCUACAGUUUGAGGGGGACCUACUUGUUCUUCCGUUCCCACUUCCCGGAGAAUCCCUACUGCAACAACAUGGAACGGGGGGCGCGUUUCUGCCAGAAGAUUGUAAAGAAGAGGAGCACACAGACAAUGGAUCGCUGCCAAUAUGCCCACAUGGUCGCGGCUUGCGUCAAACGGCGCAUUAAAUACGUUCCGGGUUGCCGUGCUGCCUUCUAUAAUCCAUUCGUGUGGAAGAAUCCUCUGAAGAAGGCGACUAUAAAGCCGGUCAAGAAGUACUUUGAGGUGGAGAAGAAACACAUCCCUAGAGUGAGGUUCGAGGUUGUGACCAAACCGGCGAAAAAGUACACACUGGACAACCUCCUGGGGGUCCUGAACUCCUCUGAGAGCAGGGAGGAUGGACCGAUGGUGUGGCUGCCACCACGGCUCAGGAAGGGAAAAAUAAAGAAGGAUCGCCUCACAGAAAAGAAGAAGAAAAAUAAAGAUGAAUCGGAUGAAUUUAGUUCGGAUGAUGAGGAUUCCAGCUGGGAUACUUCUUCAAAAACGAGACGUCAUCAGAAAAAACUGUUUAGGAUAUAAUGUUAUAUUUUAUAUCACCGAGGAGCACCUGUUUUCAUUUUUUUGCUGAACUUGUUUAUUGUUUUAUCAUCACAGAAAUAGUCUAAAAUGCUCACAGCUACUACUGAUCACAGGCUACCUGGUAGCUAGAUCUUAUACUACUAGUAAUGGAACCUAGUGCAGCAUUAGUGUAAUACGCUGAGUGAUCCUGAUAAUUACUAAUAAUCCUUUUUAGUCGUCUACGUUUGUACUGUAUCUAAUAGUCACUGUGCAUAUUGUACAGAUAGUAAUCAGUUUACGAUAUUGAUAUCAUGUCUUAUUAUAGUUCUAUACUAAUCAGUAAAGAGAGAUUAAUUAAUUGUACAGUUAAAUAAACUAAAGAUGUUUUGUUUGCAUGUUUGA